AUGUCUUCAACGAAAUAUUUGAAUAAGGAAUUGAGUUUAUUUGAAAUUGGCGUGGAUUAUAAGUCACUUAUUAGUAAAAUACGGCAGCUGUCGAAUGCAACGACAAGCCAGCAGCCAUCUAUAAACAACGAGUGGUUUGAAUUGCUUGAUAAGGUUAUCGACCAGCUCAAAUCAUCUUCCUCUUCUUUCGCCUUUAGAAAACCUGUUAGGAAAUUUGAAGCGCCUGACUAUCAUUUGGUUAUUACCCACCCAAUGGACCUGUCCACUAUAACCAAGAAGAUUAAGCAGCGCCAAUAUAAACACAAGCAACAAUUCAAAUCAGAUUUGGACUUGAUAUGGACUAAUUGCUUAGUGUACAAUACUGAUCCAAAUCACCCACUCAGAUCACAUGCUAUUCACUUGGAAACUAAGUCUUCUCAGUUAUUAGAGUUUAUUCCUGAUUCUCCAAACUCUUUAUUGCAGGAUGACGAUGUUGGCGCUGGCAGAUCACUCACUCCCUCUCAACCCAUCCACAAACGUCCCCACAAAAAGCGCAAAUUGGACAGCAACGCUGUGAUUAGAUCCGUUUCCCCUACACAUUCACCGACACCAUUCCCAACGACCACAUUAUCCAACCCUUUUUCAGAUUCAAUGGCUAUUUUACGCGGUAAUGAUAUGAGACAUAUCGAUCAAGACGAGAUAGAGCAGCCUUGGCAACUGUUUUUUACUCACGAGGAAGAUAGUACAAAUCAAGACAACACUUCCACUCCCAAGACUUGCUCACUUCUCAUCGACUCCCCAUCGUACAAAGAGAGCGUGCGGAAUGGCAUGCCAUGUGCACCACCCUCGCACACCUACUCCACUCCUUUCGUCAUCCCCCCACACAUGCCCUCAUCACUGCAGUCCUCCUUCAGCACGCAGCUGUCUCUGCUCACCAGUCUCAACAAGUCGUGCGACAAGGAGAGCGACGAUAUGGACAUAGACGGGAGUGGGAGUGAGGGAGGUGAAGGUGGCGAUAAGGGCGAGGGUGAGAGCGACAGCGACAGCUACAAAUGGGGUUCAUCAAUGCUAGACCCGCUUAGCAGCCAGCCCGGCACCCUCGAUGAUAAUGUGGCCGGCAGCGUGCUCCAUAAGGUCGCAGUGGCCACCGUUCUCCACACUGGGUUCACCUCUAGCACCACCACACCAGUCAGCCUCCUCACUCAUCUCUUGCACACAUACCUCGCUAAGCUGUGUGACACCCUCAAACACACUUGCGAGUUCUACGCUCACUCCCUCUCCCCUCACCAACUCAUCGGUCAUGCUCUCUCUUUGAAUGGCUCAUCUGUCGACGCUUUAGAGCAUUUCAUGAUUCAUUCUCUAGGCGAUAGCUAUACUAGCCGUUUGAGAAACUCUGUCGAUCAAGGUGAAUUUGACGGCAGUGGGGAAGAGAGUGAGGUGGAGGGUGGUGAGGAUGGCGAUGGUGAUGGUGAGGCUGAGGCUGAUGGUGAUGGUAAUGCUGAUGGUGAUGGUAAUGCUGAUGGUGAUGCUAACGCUAAUGCUGAUGCUAAUGCUAAUGCUGAUGCUAAUACCGAAGAUACCACGACGUAA